AUGGACGGUCGCGCGGGCCAGUCCACUUCAGACCCAGAUCCGCAAGUGGUUCUCCGUCAACUCAUAAGGCAAGCUCAAGCCGGUUCCUCCUUGUCCACCCACCAGCCCGAAGAAUUCAUGUCAACGAACGAUGUCGAUGACGAUGACGAAGGCGAUGGCAACCAGACGGAUAGAUCGGAUACAAGCUCGGAUGGUAGUGCUGCGAAGCACUCAUCCGAUGACGGUUCAUCCUCGCCUCCACCACUAGCACCACGCGAUCAAGACAGCCGCUUGCUUCCUUAUCAUCAGAUCUCUGCCUCAUUAGCAUCUAUCACAGCCGAUCGACGAGAACUCACCACACUUCUUCAACAGAAGAAACACAUCUCAACUGCCCAGAAACGCAAUGGACGUCAUCAACGCUCGCUCGAACGAUCGCUUCAACUCCUCUCCAAGGUCCGCGAAGAGCUCAAGGCAGUUCUCACCUCGCUAGACACCGCCGACAUUGUCGAUGCCGAGGAUCAGUCUCUCGAGGUCAUCCGCAUUCGCAAACACGCCGAGGAUGCAGCAGCUGCAAGUCCCUUCCGAGCUUCGAUGGUGCAACAAAUUCCCCUGCUGCGCUUGCAAUCCAUUGAACGUGCAGAGUACGACUAUGCGCUCGGAUCGAGGAUGUGGCUCGAGGCCGAAGAUGUCCAGCUACGAACAGCUGUCAAAGCCGCCGUAAUGAAGGCUCACACCAUCGCGCUAAGCAUGGACCCCGCUUUCAAGGGUGAUGCGCUAGCAGAAGCUGCGAAGAUGGAUGAGGCGACAGCAAUGCGACUGGCCGAGCAGAUGGACGCGGACCGCAACCAGCCUUCGUCCUCUUCGGUUCAAGGAAGGAAUGCGACUAGCGGACUCGAUUGGCCAACAAUUUCUGCUCGCGUGCCUACUCGUAGCAUAGAGGAAACCAAGACACGCUGGUACGGUCAUCUUCGACCCAGCGUUAACACUUCUGCUUGGAACCAAGAGGAAGUUGAAGACUUGAUCCGCAUCGCAACGCCAUUUUUGGCCGGUUACCUUGCAUGGCCGGCGUCUGAACGUGUUGAGGACGCAACGCAAGCAUCGACAGUCAGGCAAUUAGAAACAGCCCAGUCUGCGUCAGCAUCGCGAGCUCCCGUGCCUUGGCAAAGCGUCGCCGAGCAGCUCGGUACCGGCCGCACAGCACACGCCUGCUUUGUCGCUUACUGCUCUGCAAUUGUGCAACGCGACCAGCCCGACAUGACAUCCGCCGAAGACGAAAAUGGUCGCGAGCUCUUUUCGCUCUUUCGUGGCUCUUGGCGCAUCAUGGCUUUACACGCCAUGUCCGGUCCGAAUGUCUCGAUCUCCUCGCUUGUCGCCAAAUCGAGUUCAGCUCCAAGCAAGGGCGAGGCUCACGACGACCGCCCCCCGUCCAUCCUCGGCAAAGUUGGCCGCGAUGCGCAGACUUUGUACCGUCGCUUCCGCAACACGACCGAUCCAGCUUUGGCCACUGGCUCGUGGUCGCUCGAAGAAGAUCUCUCGUUGGCCAAGGCGGUGCACGACUUGGGCUCCGACAACUGGGCUGGUGUAGCAGCACGGAUCAUGGCUGGUCGCAAUUCGUCUCAGUGUCGCGAGCGUUGGAAUCGUCGGCUCAAGCAGGUUGUGGCUGAGGCAGGAGCGGCUGCAACUGAUGAACGAGGCCAACUGAACGAGCAGGUGAUUGCAGAUAUCAUCGAGAACAAGAAAGUGAUCAGGUGGAACAAGUCCAUGGACGAUCUGCUGCUGCCUUGUGUGGAUGAUGAUUUCAAGGCCAAGGACGGCAAGACUUUUGCAGAUGUGGCCAGGUAUUUGACGGACAAGAUCGGGACGCCGCUCUCGGACAAGAACGUGCGCGACCGGAUCUCCAUCUUGAGGCGCAAUAGGCUAGGGCCGGGUCAAGCUGGGAGCGGAAAAGGAGGCAAGGGGAAGCGAAAGGAGCCGGACCCCGAGCUUGAUAUGAACGGCAGGGUUGCUGGACAGCAAGGCCAGUCUUUGGCGGUGCACCACGGGGCACAGAAAUCCCCUACAUGGCCAGGAUCGAACCCGGCCUCGGGCCCAGACCAGCAAAGUUUAAGCUCGGAGGGGACUCCAAAGCCGCCGGCUCGCUCACGCACUGCCAUCGUCCCCGGUGGUAAGCGCCAAAAGCUUUGA